AUGUCCCGACCCGACGUCUUACGCGCCGUGUUCGGGAGCGAUAGCGACGGGAGCGACGACGAUGCGGCGACGCAUCGCGCGUCCACCGAGCGUGUGAAAGAUCGCGCCCUGGACGACGACGCGACGGACGCGCCGACCGCGCGCGCGGAGGAGGUGGUGAUUGAUAUUCCGUACGAUCCAUCCGAGGGCGAUUUCGAGGAGACGGCGGUCACGGCGAGACGGACGAAUGUUUUGGGAAUUCGUGGCGACGGGGCGUGGCGACGGGACGCGUCGACGGCGGAGGACGCGGACGCGGCGCUCAACGUGAUACGAUACAGGAUCGAUCCGGUGACGGGAGAGGUCGAGACGAACGCGCGGUUCGUGCGGUGGGGCGACGGGACCACGCACUUGGUGAUCGGGGAUGAACAUUUGCGAGUGACGGAGCGGGCGACGGCGGAGGGGGCGGAUUCCGUGCUGUACGCGCGGAAACCGGGCGCGAUGGAGGCGAGGAAGCGGUUGCGGACGAAGAUGACGUUCGCGCCGGCGAGUUUGGAGAGUAAGACGCACAGAGCGCUGAGUAGGCGAGUGGAUAAGGCGCACGGAUCGCGGGCGACGCGCACGAGGCAACACGUCUCUCGCGUCGACCCCGAGCGCGAGAAGGAGGCGGUGGACGCGGCGUUGGUCAAGGCGGAACGCGAACAAUUGGCGCUGAAACGUAAGCAGGAGAAGAUGAUGCGAGACGAUAGGGAAUCGCGGCAUCAGUCCAUGCGUGGGUACACGGAGUCGUAUUACGAGCGCAGAGACGACGGCGACGGCGGCGCGGAGGACGCGGAGAAGAUGGACGCCGACUUUUUGGAGGCGGAUGAGGACGUCGGCGGCGCCGCGGAACGAGGCGAAGACGCGAGCGAUGCCGCGGACCAAGGAAACGCGGACGACGACGACGACGACGACGACGACGCGGCACCCAAGGAACGGCGAAAGCGCGCGUUGAUCGUGGACGAGGACGACGAGUAG